CUAAGUGGCUUGCAGCAUGUGGAAAACAAAACGUUAACCUCAACGUUAACAUUAAAAAAAGUAUGAUAUGUUCCCAACACUUCGAUGCAUCAUGCUUUGUACAGCCGUCGAAAGAAAAGUCCCUUUUCUAUGCUCAAAAAAGACUGACAAAAUUGAGACCAGAUGCAAUUCCUACGUUGCGUUUAAUGUGUGACGCGCCGCAAAUGGAAGCUGUUCGUUAUAAUAAAAGAUCAUUGCCAUUAAUUGAUACGUCGGAUAUGUCAGAAUUAAUAUGCAAUGACACAUCAACUUCGAAAUUAACAUGCAAUGACACAUCAACUUCGGAAUCAACAUGCAAUGACACAUCAACUUCGGAAUCAACAUGCAACGAUACAGUGCUAUUUGCCACAUUUGGCGAUGAUAUACCUGUGUCAAAAGAAAUCCAGUCGAUCAAUACUAUAACAGCGUUACCAUCUACAUCAAAGGAUGUAACUGCUCUCUUGAAGAAACUUAAUAGUGUUGAAGAGCAAUUAGCAGCAACACAAAAGAAGUUGCUUAUGUACAAAGAGAAAGAGAAGAAAGGCGACGAAAAUGCGGAAACAAAAAUAUACCAGAUACUCGGAAAAAUAUUUACUCCGGGGCAAAUACGGAUGUUACUAAACCCGUCUAAGAAACGUAUAUCAUGGUCUCCAGAAGAUAUAGCAAGUGCUAUAUCGUUACGAUCUAUCAGUCCGAAGGCAUAUCGCUAUUUAAGGAAUGUUUUGCAGAUACCGCUCCCUGGUCCAUCAACGCUCAGAAGAUAUGCCCCAUCUCGUUAAGCUGGCGCGUAAUCAUUUCCUCGAUAAGGACUUCAACGUUAACGGAGUAAUUUUAAGUAAAAAAAGUUUAGAACGGUUGUUAGCUAUUAAUAUUAAGGAUUUGAAAGUGGCGUACAAAAUAUCUCAGUACCAUUUAGACCUGCAAGGUACUGAGCGACAAAAAGUACUCCCAGCUGUGCAGCUACUGUCUGCCACUACCGCUGCUUCAUUACGAUGGUGUGGACAAAAAGGUUUUCUCGAAAAUGUAGAGUGGGUGAAAACAGCACGUAUGAUUAAAUUGUUGAAUGACUGGUUUGAUAUAUUCAACUCAAAAUCGAUGUACGGCAACCAUUCAGGAAAAAAUGCAUAUGGCAAGAACUUAGAGGAACAAAAUGCAAUACUUCACGAAAUGACGUCUUUCAUGUACGAACUAAGAGUAGGAAAUCACAAAAGUUUGAUGUUAUUUCAGAAAGGGUUCAUCGUGAGCAGUAAUUCUUUGGAACAAUUAUUACCGUAUUUAAUUGAGAAGUAUUCCACGGCUAAUAUUGAAUAUGUCAUAACAAAUCGGUUAAACCAAGAUGUAUUAGAAAAUUUCUUUUCUUUUAUAAGAUCGAAUGGUGGUGGUGCGAAUGAUCAACCAACAGCCUUAGAUUUUAAGUAUAGAGUAAAACGCUAUAUAUUAGGAAAAUUUUCUACGACUAUUUUCUGCAAAAAUACAAAUGUCACAGAAAGCGAACGAAAUGUAUCCUGCUUAAUAUCUCCGCUUAACGAUGAUAAUUGUGAAGAGUAUAUUUUAAGUAAUAUGUUAGCGCCGUACACAAACGAAGACGAAACAACCGAUCUUCAUAUCGAAGAAGAAUUCUUAACAGAAAAUGAAAUUAAUAAUAAUAAGGAAAAUCGCGUUCCAUGCUUUAAUUCAGCAACAUAUAUUCCUACUUUAGAAGAAGAACAAAUACUAAAAUCAUUAGAUGAAAUGGAAAUUGUCGACAAUAUUGAGGAUCAAGGUUUAUUAUAUAUAGCUGGCUAUGUAGCAUAUAGAUUCAAAAGUAAACACGACACACUAGGUAUUAAAACAUGCGAACUACCAAUUGUCAAUGAUCUAGAUUGGUUACAAUUUAUUUCCCGAGGGAAAUGCAUGUACCCAUCGUCUGAUCUUUUAAAAGCUGCACAUAUUAUGAACACAGAAUUCUCCAAGUAUCACGGUUCAAAGCUUAGUAAAGACAAAUUCAUCUUCAAGAAACUUACGGAUAAAAUAGAAAUUGCAUUAAAACCUAUCGAACUGCCAAGAGAGGUCUUGCUAUGUCUUGUUAGGACAAGAACCUACAUUAGGGUACGCGAAAUUAAUCGAACCAUUGCUGUACAAAAUAGAUUUAAGAAUAAAAAAAAGAAGUUAACCAAAUUUACGAAUAAUAAAUCUUUUUCAUAGCAUCUUUA